UCCAAAAAUUGUAAAUUUUGCCUUGCUUUGUCAAACAGACUGCCGCUUUCCCUCAUUCCCCGAAGCCACUUUCGCGAGAACCAAACACUCGUUUUUCAGACAACGACAUAUCCCAUAAGCAACCAAAUCUCCAAACUCACUUCCUUUCCAAUUCUGGACCCCAAUUCCCAAACCACUAUGCUUUCAUUCCCAUGCCACCCACUGCAAGAAGCUUCCAUUUCUAACUGAUUUCCUCAAAACCAAAAUACAAUACAAGUAUACAACCACCAUCACCCCAAUGCACUGAAACCCCCAAACCCAACGUUUUUCCGCGCUUUCUCUAUGGUUCAAUAACAAUGGACAAAGAGAUCCAAAUCCUCUCACGCCUCGCCGCGAACCACCUCCACCUAGCUCAAUUCGAGCCCCUUCGAGCCGUUCUCCUUGCUCUCCGAGCCCGAAACCCCGACGUCGCUCUCGCCGUGCUCCAAACCAUCGUCGCCCGAUCGGGCCGAUUCGAGAACAUUCUCUGGUCGCCCUCUUGCCCAUCCCCACCUCUCCUCACCUACUUGUCCACACUCGAGCUUUUUCAAUUCGAUAAUGCCUCGUCGGCUUGGGGUUUCGACCCCGAAACACUGCGAUUACGCGCCGAGUUCUUGUUGCUAGUCCAGCAUCUGAUUGACCGCGUGUCGGAGAGUCUGCGAAAGAACUUCGAUUUCGAAAGCAUAGAGAAAGAUGCUUUGAUUGAGAGUGAGGGUUUGGAGGAGCGAGCGGAGGUGUUGGAUAAGGGCGAGGAUUUGAGAGAUGCUGAUGGUGAAUUGGAUGAUUGCGUGCGGGUUUUGGAUAAGGUUUUAGAAUUGGGUGUUAAGAGGUUGGUACCGGAUGUUGGUGGCGACAACAAUGUCGAUAGGACUGAGAGUCGGGUUAGUUCUGAUGCCGUGUCGAUUGAGGAAGGCAAAUUUGUGUGUUUGAGGAAGGUGAUAUUGGAUUACGCCGACGUUUUUGAUGCGCUGUGUUGGAAUAUACAGCGGCAAGUUAGGGGGUGGGAGGUCUAUGAUUCAAGUUUCACGUUUACUGUGCAAAGGGAUGAGAAUGCGAGUGGAGAGGAUUUGUUGGUGGAGGAGGAGGAGCAGGAGGAAUUGAAGGUUCUGGGGUUGAUACAAAGGAUUGUUCAGCUAGCUCAUUUGAAUGCUAUGAAGGAAUGCAUGAAGGAGGGUGAUGUAGAAGGCGCGGUUCCUUUGAUUCGAUUCCUUCACUUUGAUUAUGGAGUGGAAGAGGCUGAGUAUCGCACAGUUUUGCAAGAUCUAGUCAAGAGCAUUUCCUCUAGAAGGGAGGGUUUUGGAGACUCAUGGCAUGCCAUGCAAGAAAAAAUGCUACGGGUUUAUGGAGAAGCUCUUUCAUCAAAUUGCGGACAUCUUGUUCAAAUGAUUCAGGUUAUUCAAGAUGAGUUGCUUUCUAAAGAGAUUGAGAUGUAUAGAUCUCUUGAUGACAACCAGAUUCCACCUCCUCUUGAGCGUUUUCAAAGAUAUCUUGUAGAGUUGAAAUCUGAUACAGACGGAUAUGAUAAGACGUCAUCCUUGAAUAUGGCAGUCAGUUCUUGCAUGAGAGAGAUGUACCAUUAUAGUCGUGUUUCUGGAUUACAUAUACUCGAUUGUGUCAUGGAAAGUGCCCUGUCUGCUGUGAAGAGGGAGCAGCUUCAAGAGGCUAGCAAUGUUCUUACGUUAUUGCCCCGGCUUCAGCCCUUGGUAGCUUCCAUGGGUUGGGAUUUAUUGUCCAGUAAAACAACAGCACGGAGGAAUUUAAUGCAACUGCUGUGGACAAGUAAGCCUCAGGUGCUUCGGCUGGAAGAGUCUUUGCUCUAUGGUAAUCAAUCGGAUGAGGUUUCUUGUGUGGAGCAUCUUUGUAAUUACUUAUGUUAUCAGCUUGACGUUGCCUCUUUCGUUGCUUGUGUCAAUUCGGGCCGAUCAUGGAAUUCAAAAUUAUCUUUGUUGUCUGGAGAACAAAAAGCAUUAGGAUUUGAACGUGCUCAGUCAGACCCGUUUGUUGAAAACUUCGUGUUGGAAAGACUCUCUGUACAGAGUCCUCUUCGGGUAUUGUUUGAUGUUGUCCCAGGCAUAAAAUUUCAGGAAGCUAUUGAAUUGAUCAGCCUGCAGCCAAUUGGUUCUAAUGCAGAUGCCUGGAAGAGAAAGCAAGAUGUUGAACUUAUGCACAUGCGUUAUGCUCUGGAAUCGGCUCUUCUUGCACUAGGAGCAAUGGAAAGGUGUAUGACUGAUGAAAGAGAAAGUCAUCACCAAUUGGCAUUUUGCCAUUUGAAGGACCUGCAGAACCAUUUGGAAGCUAUUAAUAAUACUGCCCGCAAGAUAUUGAUGGUGAAUGUUAUAAUUUCUCUUUUACAUAUGGAUGAUCUCUCUCUGAAUUUGACGCAUUGUGUCUCCCCAGAGAGAGAUUCUGAAUUGGGUAACACCUGUGCUUGGGAAAAUAAUGAUCUCACCCCAUCUGAUGAAGGAAACAAAGUGGUUAUAUCUUUCACAGAGAUACUACUUGAUAUAUUACAUCGAAGUCUUCCUUCAGCUGUAAUUGAACUAGAGCAAGCAUCGAGUGAGGGUGUAACAGUUGGUGGAAAACAUGCCUUAGAGUGGAGAGUCUCUAUUGCUAAACAUUUCAUUGAAGAGUGGGAAUGGCGGUUGUCAAUUUUGCAGCGUCUUUUACCAUUGUCUGAACGCCAGUGGAGAUGGAAGGAAGCAUUGACUGUAUUACGUGCAGCCCCCUCCAAGCUACUCAACCUUUGCAUGCAAAGAGCAAAGUAUGACAUUGGAGAAGAAGCAGUUCAUCGAUUUUCGUUAUCCGCUGAAGACAAAGCUACCCUUGAAUUAGUUGAAUGGGUUGAUAGUGCCUUCAGAAGAGCAUCUGUAGAAGAUGUAGUCUCUCGUGCUGCUGAUGGAACUUCUGCAGUACAAGAUCUAGAUUUUGCCUCUUUACGCUCCCAGUUAGGUCCUUUGGCUGCAAUUCUUCUUUGUAUUGAUGUUGCUGCUACUUCUGCAAGGUCAGCAAAGAUGUCCCAACAGCUUCUGACUCAGGCGCAAGUUAUGUUAUCUGAGAUAUAUCCGGGAAGUUCUCCAAAGAUGGGAUCCACAUACUGGGAUCAAAUCCUUGAAGUUGGAGUGAUUUCUGUUUCACGGCGUGUCCUCAAGCGUUUACUUGAGUUCUUGGAACAGGAUAACCCUCCUCCCCUUCUGGCCUUUUUGUCUGGGGAUAUUAUCAUUUCUUCAUCUAAGGAGACACACCGACAGGGGCAAAGAGAACGUGCUCUUGGUAUGCUACAUCAGAUGAUUGAAGAUGCUCACAGGGGCAAGCGGCAGUUUUUGAGCGGUAAACUUCAUAAUCUUGCAAGGGCUGUUGCUGAUGAAGAAACAGAACCCAAUUUUCCUAAAGGGGAAGGCCCAUAUUCUGAUAGAAAGGUUCUCUCUAAUUUUGAAAAGGAUGGGAUUCUUGGGCUUGGAUUAAGAGCUGUGAAACAGAAACCCUUAAGUUCAAUGGCUGGGGAAACUGGGGCACAGUCUGUUGGCUAUGAUAUCAAAGAUUCUGGGAAGAGAUUGUUUGGUCCAUUAAGUACCAAGCCCACAACAUAUCUGUCACAAUUUAUUCUCCAUAUUGCUGCGAUUGGUGACAUAGUUGAUGGGACUGAUACAACUCAUGAUUUCAACUUUUUUUCACUCGUGUUCGAAUGGCCUAAGGAUCUUUUAACUCGUCUGGUCUUUGAUCGAGGCAGCACUGAUGCAGCUGUAAAGGUAGCUGAAAUUAUGGGUGCUGAUUUUGUGCAUGAAGUGAUUUCUGCAUGUGUACCUCCAGUUUAUCCUCCACGAUCUGGUCAUGGAUGGGCCUGCAUUCCUGUCAUUCCUGCCUGCCAUAAGAGCGGCUCUGAAAAUAGAGCACUCUCCCCCUCAUCUAAAGAAGCUAAACCCAAUUGUUACACCCGUUCCUCGGCAACACCUGGAAUCCCGCUAUACCCUCUCCAAUUAGAUAUAGUAAAACAUUUGGUUAAAAUGUCUCCAGUGAGGGCUGUCCUAGCAUCUGUUUUUGGGAGCAGUAUAUUGUACUCUGGCAGUGAAUCUUCUUUCAAUGAUGGACUGCUUCAGGCACCUGAUGCUGACAGGUUAUUUUAUGAAUUUGCACUCGAUCAAUCUGAGAGGUUCCCAACUUUAAAUCGAUGGAUACAAAUGCAAACUAACCUUCAUCGAGUCUCAGAAUUUGCCGUAGCAACCAAUCAAACAGCUGAUGAUGCCAAGCUUAAACCUGAAGCAAGAUCUGCUGUUAAGAGACUCCGCGAGCAUGACAAUGACACAGAGUCAGAAGUUGAUGACAUUGUUUCCAGUAAUAUUUCAACAGCUUUGCAAAACUCCAUUGGUGAGCGGGUUGCAGCUCCUGAGUCUUGGCAUGAUUCAUCAAAAUCUGAGGUUGCUGAUCUUGAUACUACGGUUUUUCUUUCUUUCAAUUGGGAGAAUGAAGAACCCUAUGUGAAAGCCGUUGAACGGUUGAUUGAUGAAGGAAAGCUAAUGGAUGCUCUUGCACUUUCGGAUCGCUUUCUAAGUAAUGGAGCAUCAGACCGUUUACUUCAACUACUCAUUGAACGUGGGGAAGAAAGCCAUUCAAUCUCUGGACAACCUCAAGGGUAUGGCGGCCAUAACGUCUGGAGCAAUAGUUGGCAGUAUUGCCUGCGGUUGAAGGAUAAACAGCUGGCUGCUAGGCUUGUCCUCAAGUAUAUGCACAGAUGGGAACUUGAUGCUGCUUUGGAUGUUUUGACCAUGUGCAGCUGCCACCUGCCACAAAGCGAUCAGCUUAGAAAUGAGGUCUUCCAAAUGAAACAAGCCUUGCAGAGGUACAGCCACAUACUAGGUGCAGAUGACCAUUAUAGUAGCUGGCAAGAGGUUGAAGCCGAAUGUAAGGAAGAUCCUGAAGGCUUGGCACUUAGAUUAGCUGGAAAAGGAGCUGUUUCUGCUGCUUUAGAAGUGGCUGAAAGUGCAGGAUUAUCCAUAGAUUUGCGGAGAGAACUGCAGGGCCGGCAACUUGUGAAGCUUCUCACUGCGGAUCCUCUCAAUGGUGGGGGUCCAGCAGAAGCUUCACGGUUUCUUUCUUCUCUACGUGACUCCGAUGAUGCACUACCUGUUGCCAUGGGUGCAAUGCAGUUGUUACCCAAUUUACGGUCAAAGCAACUUCUUGUUCACUUCUUUCUGAAGCGAAGAGAAGGAAAUCUGUCAGAUAUUGAGGUUUCGCGGCUUAACUCAUGGGCUUUAGGUCUUCGUGUUCUGGCUGCCUUGCCUUUGCCAUGGCAGCAAAGAUGUUCUUCGUUGCAUGAACACCCUCAUUUGAUCCUGGAGGUGCUUCUGAUGAGGAAACAACUACAAUCUGCUGCUCUGAUCCUUAAAGAAUUUCCUUCGUUGAGAAACAGCAACGUAAUUAUUGCAUAUGCUGUAAAAGCUAUUACUGUCAGUAUUAUCUCUCCCCCCAGAGAACAUCGGAUAUCCGUGUCUGGAACAAGGGCUAGGCAGAAAACAAGAUCAGGUGUUCCUGCAAGGUCAUCUUUUAGCAGCAGUCUAAGUAACUUGCAAAAAGAGGCUCGGAGAGCUUUUUCUUGGGCUCCACGAAAUACUGGAGACAAGGCUGCUCCUAAAGAUGUUUAUCGGAAAAGAAAGAAUUCUGGUUUGACUUCAUCUGAAAGAGUUGCAUGGGAGGCUAUGACUGGAAUUCAAGAGGAUCGUGUUUCAUCAUAUCCUGCAGAAGGGCAAGAACGGCUUCCUUCUGUUUCAAUUGCUGAGGAAUGGAUGCUGACAGGUGAUGAAGUUAAGGAUGAAGCUGUUCGUGCAUCUCACAGAUAUGAAAGUGCCCCUGACAUUACUCUCUUUAAGGCACUGCUUUCUCUGUGCUCUGAUGAGUUAGUGUCUGCCAAAAGUGCCCUGGAUUUGUGUAUUAAUCAGAUGAAGAAUGUGUUGAGCUCCCAACAGUUGCCUGAGAAUGCAUCCAUGGAAACAAUUGGUCGAGCAUACCAUGCCACGGAGACAAUUGUACAGGGACUACUAUAUUGUAGAUACAUGCUGAGAAAGCUUACAGGGGUUAGUGAUAUGUUAAUUAAUUCUGAAAGAAGUAGGGAUGCCGAUGAUGCAUCAUCUGAUGCUGGUAGCUCCAGUGUGGGUAGUCAGUCCACAGAUGAGUUAUCUGAACUUCUCACACAGGCAGACAUCUGGCUAGGACGUGCUGAGCUGCUUCAAAGCCUCUCGGGAUCAGGAAUUGCUGCUUCUCUUGAUGAUAUUGCUGAUAAGGAGUCAUCGGCGCGUCUCCGUGACAGGUUGAUUGUCGAUGAACGAUACAGCAUGGCUGUAUAUACUUGCAAAAAGUGUAAGAUUGAUGUUGUGCCUGUGUGGAAUGCAUGGGGACAUGCGUUGAUUCGGAUGGAGCGCUAUGCACAAGCUCGGGUGAAGUUUAAGCAAGCUCUUCAAUUGUACAAGGGUGAUCCUGCACCUGUCAUUUUAGAGAUAAUUAAUACAAUUGAGGGAGGUCCACCAGUUGAUGUUUCAGCGGUUCGUUCCAUGUUUGAGCAUUUGGCCAAAAGUGCACCAACAAUCUUGGAUGAUUCUCUUUCUGCUGAUUCAUAUCUCAAUGUUCUUUACAUGCCAUCCACCUUUCCUCGUUCGGAGAGAUCUAGGCGGUCUCAAGAAUUUGCAAACGAUAAUUCCUCCCAUAGUUCAGGCUUUGAAGAUGGACCUCGAAGUAAUCUGGACAGCAUCCGAUAUGUUGAAUGUGUUAACUAUUUACAAGAUUAUGCACGCCAGCAUUUGAUAAGUUUUAUGUUUAGACAUGGUCACUACAAUGAUGCUUGCUGCUUGUUUUUUCCUACAAAUGCUGUUGCUCCCCCUCUUCAACCAUCAACAAUGGGGGUUGUAGCAACUUCUUCCUCCUCUCCUCAAAGACCAGAUCCUUUGGUGACUGAUUAUGGGACCAUUGAUGAUUUGUGUGAGUUGUGUAUUGGUUAUGGUGCAAUGCCUGUUCUUGAGGAAGUGAUUUCAACAAGAAUGUCAUCAGCAAAUCCGGAGGAUGUGACAGUAAAUCAGCAUACAGCUGCAGCCCUUGUUCGCAUUUGCCUCUAUUGUGAAACACACAAACUUUUCAAUUAUUUAUACAAGUUUCAGGUUAUUAAGAAGGACCACGUUGCUGCUGGACUUUGCUGUAUUCAGUUGUUUAUGAAUUCUUCUACGCAAGAGGAAGCUAUCAAAUAUUUGGAACAUGCUAAGAUGCAUUUUGAUGAAGGUUUGUCAGCACGACAUAGAGGUGGACAUUCUACUAAGCUUGUCACGAAAGGAGUUAGAGGAAAAAGUGCUUCUGAGAAGCUUACUGAAGAAGGACUUGUGAGGUUUUCUGCUCGAGUUUCAAUUCAGGUGGAAGUUGUGAAAUCCUUUAAUGAUUCAGAUGGGCCCCAGUGGAAAUAUUCACUUUUUGGGAAUCCGAAUGACCUUGAAACAUUCAGGAGAAGAUGUAAAAUUGCUGAGACUCUUGUGGAGAAGAAUUUUGAUUUAGCUUUCCAAGUGAUAUAUGAAUUCAAACUUCCUGCUGUUGAUAUAUAUGCCGGUGUUGCUGCAUCACUUGCUGAGAGGAAAAAAGGCAGUCAAUUGACGGAAUUUUUUAGAAACAUAAAAGGCACAAUUGAUGAUGAUGACUGGGACCAGGUCUUGGGGGCUGCAAUAAAUGUUUAUGCUAAUAAACACAAAGAACGCCCUGACCGUCUCAUAGACAUGUUAACCAGCAGCCACAGGAAGGUUCUGGCUUGUGUGGUUUGUGGUCGUUUAAAAAGUGCUUUCCAAAUUGCUUCUCGAAGUGGAAGUGUAGCUGAUGUUCAAUACGUAGCUCAUCAGGCAUUACAUGCAAAUGCACUCCCUGUGCUUGAUAUGUGUAAACAAUGGUUGGCUCAGUACAUGUAGUUUGUUGCUAGAGGAAAAUUACAGCUAAAGGAAUUUUAGUUUUCGCCAAGGUAAAUUUUUUGGUGACAACGAAAGCAAUGAAGUUUCAACUGUCACACAUUGUUUGAGGAAAAAUGGAUUGCGAGGUUAUUUGAAAGGGCCAUCCUUUCGAAAUUGACGGUGAAAACCAAAGGCAUUUUUACCUUCAUUCUUUUUUGUUCCUGUCACCUUUUUGGUCUACCCUUCUUUACCUGCUCUGGCAUUGUUCAAGCUGCUCUAAAAUCAUCAGAGAUCUUGAACCAUUUUGGCUUGGCCCCGUUUUAUGGGUAAUAUGCUAUAACUUUGUCAAAGCUUUGGGGGAUAUGCGGAGAAAACGUCAUCACAAGGCUGAAUCAGGAAUUUUCAAUAGAUCUCGAUUCAUCUCAAGUUGCUCUUGUAAGGUUUAAAGUUGAGACUAUAUAUAUAUAUAUAUAUAUAUAUAUAUAUAUUAUAGGGUUACAGUACUGCAACUGCUAGAGUUGAUUGUAUUGCACUGUAGAGAUCGUGAAAAAAUGCCAAUAGGGAUGAUAUAUAUAUAUAUAUGUACACACACACACGCGUGUAUUCCCUCACUUGGGAUAAAUUUUGCAUUGUAAAAUAUUCAGUUUGUGGAUCUCGUUUAGGGUUCUCCAGGGAGAAUCUGUUGUCUAUUUGUUAAUGACAAAGUAAGUCCUCCGAGU